AUGACCGAGGGCAAGCUAGAACUCAAGCGCCUGUGGGUGCUGAUGAUUACCGCAUUUGUCGACAUGAUCGGCUUUGCGCUGAUCAUGCCGUUGUUGCCGUUCUUCGCGACAAGGUUUGGCGCUUCGCCAUCGAUCAUUGGCGUACUGAUCGCAAUUUUCGCGCUUGCCCAGUUGAUCUCAGCGCCGUUGUGGGGCCGUCUGUCCGACCGCUUCGGUCGCCGCCCGGUGCUGCUCGGUGGGCAGGCGCUGGCCGCCGCAUCCUUCUUGAUGUUCGCCGCCGCCGACUCGGUGUGGCUGCUGCUCGCCAGCCGCUUUCUGCAGGGCAUCGGUGGCGGCACCAUCAGUGCCGCCCAAGCCUACGUCGGCGACGCCGUGGGCCCCGACGAGCGCGCCAAGGCGCUCGGUUGGAUCACCGCCUGCAGCAGCGCCGGGGUCAUGGUCGGCCCGGCCAUCGCUUCACUCAGCGUGCGCUACAGCUACGCCGCCCCGGGCCUGAUCGCCGCCGCGAUGUCGCUGGCCAGCCUGGUCUUUGCUUGGCGCUGGCUACCCGAAUCCUCGGCGCCAAGAAUCAAGGGCGAAGCUCUGCCGCUGCGUCCGCCACUGCUCGGAGCUAUUGCCAACGUGCUGCGCCGCCCCGGCGAAACCGUUAGCGCGCUGAUCUGGAUCUACUCGGCGGCGAUGAUGGCCUUCAUGGCGCUCAACGGAAUUAUGGCGCUCUACCUGGCGGCCCAAUUCGGGGUCACCGAACGCAACAUCGGUUGGUUCUACCUGGUCAUCGGUGCUGUGUCGGUGGUCAUGCGCGCCAUCGUGCUCGGCAAAGCGGUGGCGCGCUUCGGCGAAGUCCGAGUCCUGCGCAUCGGCGCCCUGCUGCUAGCCCUGGGCAUGGCCACCGCACCGCUGGCUACCCACCCGCUGUUGUUUCUUCUCAGCGCCUCUUGCAUCCCCGCUGGCACCUCGCUGCUGUUCCCAUCCACCACCUCGUUGGUGUCCCGGCAUUCGCCGAAGGACAGCAUGGGCCAGAGCCUCGGUGUCCAGCAGGCCAUGGGUGGCAUCAGUCGGAUGCUCGGGCCGCUGUGGGCGACGGCGAUCUUCGAGCGGCUUGGGCAUGCUCAGCCGUUUUGGAUCGGGGCUGCGCUGGUGCUGGCUACGGUGUUGUUCUCGUUGCGGUUGAAGCCGAGAGCCAGGUGA